AACGUUGGAGCCAACGCACGCUUAGAGCGGCAUUAAUAAACGGGACUUGGACUCGGCGACGCGGCUUCUCGUUUCGUUUACAGUUUCGGCUUUCAGUGGAGUCGGUUUUCGGUUUUCGGAGUCGGUUUUUGUCGCCCCGCUUGAUCGGCUGCAACCUCAGCGGUUUUUAUCGGGUCUAUUGCAUUCGGGCAGCCAGCCGGUGAAGCCGUGAUUGAUGGACUGAAAAACGGACACGACAGUUGCCGCAUCGGUCUCGGUCAGUGCAGUCGCAAUCGUCAGAGCCACAAAGCUCCAUUGAACUCUGACCCUCCGUUUGGCCAUUUGACAAUCGACAAGCAAUCAAACAAUCGAAAGUGCAAUCAAAUUUUUUGUGUGUUUUUGAAGAAUUUAACGAGAACAGAACGAACCUUUUGCAAACCAAUCACCGGGGAUUUUUAUAGCGGUCCAGCUACAAGGAUUUCCUUAUUUCCUAUUUAAAAAAAAAAAAAAAAAAAAAACCAUUCAACGAAAAGAUAUAUCAAACAAAAAUACGGGGAAAACGAAGUUCAAUUUCGCCGCGCGGGUUUUUUUGGGGGCUGUUUCUGCUGUGCUGCCUGUCGUCGUGUGCUUGGGCUUCAUAAAUUAUCCAAACAGAGCGCAUUUUGGAGAACGACUUGCAAAUAAAUAAGCAUUUACGCUUUUAUUAUUGCUACCCCCGCUCUCUACCCCCCCGGCCACUCUUACUCUAUGGUUCUAUGUGCGUGUGUGUGAAGCAGUAUCGUAUCUGUGUGUGUUCCUCGGAAAUCGCUCCCAUGUGGCGCAACGCUAAAUAAAACCAAAGGAGAGAGCUCUCAACUCCACCACUUAAAAUAUCAUUUUUUGCAUACAAUCAACAUACGAAGUAUCUGAAAGAUAGAAAUGUGUGUGUGCGUUCGGGAUCUGCUUUGAUUUGUGUGUGCUGAUAAACGGACGAGGCACUGUCCGCGGCAACAAAUAAAAAAGAAAUAUCCAACAGAAAAUAAACAGAAAUACCCGCAUAAAGAUAUCAAGCAGACAAUGCCAGACAAUCUUCAGGGCGGCGCGACGUAUACUUAAUCUUUCAUCGUGUGGAGAGUGAAGGCAUAACCAAAAGGGCAACCAACAUGAAUUGCCUGUGUCGGCCAUCGCGGAUUAUGUCCGUGCGCAUUAAUUUGCUGGAUGAAACCGAGUUUAUACACGAGAUCAAGGAUGAUUUGCCGGGCCAGGCUCUGCUGGAUGUCGUCUUUGCCAGGCUCAAUUUAAUCGAGACCUCAUACUUCGGCAUACGUUAUAUCGACGAGGAGAAUCAAACGCACUGGCUGGACCCUGCCUCACGCAUCUCCCGUCAACUGAAGCCCAAAUCGGAUCCAUACGACUUGUAUUUCGGUGUGAAAUUCUAUGCUGCUGAUCCGUGCAAACUCCUGGAGGAAAUCACCAGAUACCAACUUUUUCUGCAAGUCAAACAGGAUGUACUACAGGGACGACUGCCAGUGGCCUUUGAAUUGGCCGCCGAACUGGGUGCCUUUGUGGUGCAAUCCGAGUUGGGGGACUACGAUCAGCGACGCCACUCCAAGGGCUAUGUCUCCGAAUUCCGGCUGCUGCCCAACCAAAGCAAUGAGCUGGAGACGCGCGUCUCCGAGCUGCACCAACAGCUCAAGGGCAUGUCUCCAUCCAGCGCGGAGUUGAACUAUCUGGACAAAGUCAAAUGGCAUGAUAUGUACGGCGUUGAUUUGCAUCCCGUUCUGGGCGAGGACAGCGUGGAGUACUUCCUGGGCCUCACACCGAGCGGCAUUGUCGUCCUGCGCAACAAGACGACGGUGGCUCAUUACUAUUGGCCGCGCAUUGCCAAAGUUUAUUAUAAAGGACGCUAUUUUAUGCUCAGGAUAAGCGAUAAAAAUAACGAGCUCAGCACUUACGGCUUCGAGACGCCCCGCAAAUCGGCGUGCAAACACUUGUGGAGAUGCUGCGUGGAGCAUCAUGCGUUCUUCAGGCAGGUGCGCGUCGCCCCGCUGCCCAGCUCCCAGUCGCAUGCAGCCGACUUGUUCCAACUGGGAUCGCGCUUCAGGCCCAGUCGCCCGGACAAGCAAACGGAGAAGGAUGCACUGGCCGCCGGACGAUCCCCGCCAGCCUUUACUCGCGUGCCCUCCAAGCGCCAGCCCAGACGCGUGAUUGAUGACUUUUUUAACAGCCACAAAGGAGGUGGCACCAACGGAGCAGCAGGAGGAGCUCUUCUAGGCGGAGUCGCUGGCAACGGAGGAGUCGUCAGCAGUGCAGCAGCAGGAGGCGGAGGCGGAGGCAUCAACAUGGGCAACAGGCCGCUGCCGCAGCCAGGUCUGGGCAACAUCUCCAACAACUAUGACAGCCCCUACCGAUCCACGUAUAGCAUUCCCACCAGCCUGGGCAUCCGACCCUGCCACCAGCAGUCCGCCCAGCAGCAACAGAACAACAAUUCCAGCAGCUACAACAACAACAGCGGUGGCAACCUCCAGACACCUGACUCGCCGCGAAGCACGCGCAGUGCCCCAUGGCCCAGGUCGCAGCAAAGAUCCCUCUUCGGCCACAAUCCCUCGAGUCCGCGCUCCGUGAGAUCGGCCAGCACAGCGCAUCAUCAUCACCAUCAUGGGCACCACAGCCAUGGCCAUGGCACCAGCCACCAUCCCCACCAGCAGUCCUCCUCGUCGUCGCACCACCACCGCCAGCAGCGGGCCAGCUCCUCAUCCGCCUCGCAUCAGCAGCAGCGCUAUAGGUCCAGCUCUGUAGAGAGUCACUCCUCGAACGAUUCCAGAUCCACACGAAGACACAAGCAUCGCCAUCGUCGCACCUCCGACAAUGAGAGUGAACUCUCUCGGGGCUCAGGUCGCUCGGGGAGGUCGGGUCGCUCGCAUCACCGCAAGCAUCGCCGCUCGCAUAGGCAUCGACGUGACUCGGCCGGCGGUUCGGAUCAUGACAGCACCCGGGGACGCAGCUACUCCGGACAUCGCAGCUCCUCGAUGAGGAGUGGAAGUGCCGAGCUUAUCGACUCCACCACGCAGUGGCGCGAGGUGCAACGAAGACAGGCGGAGGCCAGUCUUGGGCAGAGCUCCGUGCAGCAGGCGGCCGUGUCCAAGAGCAGCAUGGUGGCCCGCAGUCUGCACAGCAACGACAGCCACUCGGACACGCACUCGCAUCACAAGUCGAGGAGGCAUCGCAAGAACAAAUCUCCUUCGGAGUCGCGCAGUCGCAUGUGGAACAGCGAGCUGGCCAAGCAUCUGCAGUUCGAUCUGGUGGACACCGAGGGCAUGUCGGAGCAGCAGCUAAGGGAGAUUCCCUACACGGUGGUGGAGACCACCUCAAAGCGUUCCAACUCCAAUCUGAAGAUCCACAAGAGCAACAGCAAGAGCAGCGUGGGCGCCAAGAGCACGGGCUCCGGCAACACCAUAACCAACGGCAGUGGCUCCACCAGUGCGGGCCAGGCGAGAAUUCGCGUGGAUCGCAUCAGAGGGCUCUAUUACCAAAGUUCGCAUCCGCACGAGGCUAACGGCGGUGGGGCCGGCGCGGGAGGCAAUGCCCCCAAGAACGGAUCCAUACGAUCGGCGAGCACGAUUUCAUCGCGCGAAUGUGAACGCAACAAUGGACUGGUUCGAAUGAUGUCCAGCAUGAGCAUGGGUGACUUCAUCUCACCCACUGGCUCGAAUCUCAGUCCAUUGGAGAACUCUGCUUUACGCGUCUCGCAUGAGCACACAGAUUCGGGUCUGGGCGCCGAUCAGGACUAUGCCUACUCUUCAGAAAGAUCCAGUGACAGCACACGCUAUGGCACCAACAAAUCAUCGGGCGCCUCGAGCGGAUCCCAUCGAAAGUCGGGCGGCAGCGCCGGAGGCGGCACCAAUGGCGGCUACAACAGCCUCAUGCAACAGACUGUGAGUAAUCAGCAGCAGCAGCAGCGCUCGCUGUUCGCCCAACAGCAGCGGCAACAGCAGCAGCAGAAGUCCAAUUACAAAUACGCCUCCUCCUCAUCGACCACUAAUCCCACAAGCGGCGGUGCAGGCAGCCUGGCGCCAGUCCACAGUGCAUCCUCUUCCUCGGGCCAUGGUCACACGACUCCCAAUCCCAACCCCAACCCCAAUCCGAACUCAAACCCAAAUCCACAAGCAAAUGCAACUAACCCGAUGCAGUCGCCGGCGGCUGGCCACGCCAAUCGCCUGCUCCACUACACGACGUUUGAGAACAACCAGUACAAGUUCAGCCUGAACAAUGCCCUGGCCAGGGGCUCGGGAUCGGGAUCGAUGGCAGGGGCCGGCGUGGCCACCGCCGGUGGCAGCAGCAGCAAUCUCAUGGUAUCAACUGGUGGCGGAGGUGCUAUUGGGGGUGGUGGUGCUUUCAGCAGGCAACGCAGCUUCGUGGAGUGGCCCAGCAACCCGGCGGCCCCGUACUACUAUCAGGGGCCCUCGACGAGCGCGGCGCAGGUGAAGAGGCGCGACGCCAAGUCGGACAUUGGGGUCCCAACGCGCCGUCUCUCGGGCCAGAGCAUCACCAAGACCCAGCUGCUCACGGGCGGAGGUGGAGGCGGCGGCGGAGGUCAUUCCCAGUUGGCCAAUGCCAGCUGCUAUCCACUGCACUACGCAAGCAGCAGCGUGACCAGUUCUGGGCAUAGUCGUCCCCCGGGUCAGCGCUCUGGCCAGGCCACAGCUUCAGGCCGCUAUGGGAUGCAGCCGGCCAAGUCGGAUCUCUUCUUGUCCUACAUCCAUGGGGCGGAGUACGAGCGGCCCUACAUCUACAACUAUAAGAUGCCGCAAAUGCCGGGCGGUUCGGGGCCGGGCGCUGGAGCUGCUGCUGUUGCGGCUGGUGUUCCUGGGGGAUCGCCAUCGUCCAAGCAGCAGCCCACCGCAUAUCACAUCUCUGGCUCCCAGACAGCCGAUCCGCCGCCACCGCCACCGCCUCUGUACGGCGGCUCGGCGCCCGCCAACGAUGUCAUGUACUAUCAGUUUGACAAAGGAGCCGCUCCGUCAACGUCAACGCCGCCCAUUGUACAGCAGCCACAGUCGAUGCAGUCGAUGCAGUCGAUGCAGUCGUUGCAGUCGAUACAGUCGAUGCAAUCGAUGGCAUCGAGGCAGCCAUCGUCGUCGUCGUCGUCGGUGGCUGGCGGUCCAUUAGUCUAUCUGCAACAUGGACAGAAUGUUGCCCCAUCGAAUGUCACCUCCACGCAGCAAACUAUACGGACGCACUCGUCGUCGCAUUCCUGCAGUGAGGAAGAUGAGGCAAUGAUGGUGCUGGAAGCCAUGCAACAGGAUGCAGCACAGACCACCAAUGAUGAGACCGAAGACACAGACGACAUUUAUGAUGAUGAGGCAGCCGAGGCUGAGGAUAUGUUUGAUGCAGAUGCACCUUUGAUGUCACCAACCGGCAGCCACAAUAGCACCAAUAACAAUACGUGCAACAACAACGCCAUCAACAACAAUGGGCGGCAGUGCCACACAGCAGUGGCAGGAACAGCGGCAGCCAAUAUUAAUUUCGAUAAUUGCAAUGCGAAUGUCUACAGUGGUCAACAGCAGCAGCAACAGCAGCAGCAGCUAGGGCCAAUUACCACAGCAAACCAAACGUUAAAUUGUCCCACAUUGAAUGCAAAUACAAAUACAAAUACGAAUGUCAAGUCCAGUAGCAAUACCAAUCCCACUACCAAUAUCAGUACCAGUAUCAAUUCCAUUGCGAAUGCGAAUGCUCCAACUAGCGACCCCCCGUCCAACGUAGCUGCCCCAAGCACCUCAACAACAACAACAACAGCAGUGGCAGCAGCAGCAACAACAGCAGCAGCAUCAUCGACAACAACUCCUACGAACUUGCACUCGAAUUUACAACAAAAUCAAAACAUUUCCUCCAGCUUAGAGAUAAUCCUAUCGCCAAUUAUCCAAAGUAGUCGACGCUAACAUGACAAGUUACUCAGAUACUUAUUUGACCUGCAUGCAACAACGAAAAACAAUGAGCGUAACUACCCUUUAGUUGGAAAUUGCAUUCUGCUAAGUCCUUUCCCUUCCCCGUUUCAGUCGGCUUAAAUCAAACCUAUAAAGGACAUUGUGUAUCCCCGAUUAAGUUAAAGUUGAAGCUUUGAAAUGUUUGCUUGAACUGAACCCUGGGAAUGUUGAAGAAGAGAUUGCUUAUUAUUUCAAUUUCCUUUCAUGCUGAACACAUCCUCACACUGAAAUCUAUUCCGAAACUAAACAUGAUUAAGAUUUUUACUCCUAAGCUAUGCCCAAAGAGAGAAGCCUUUCCUAAAAUCCUUUCGUAUGCAUAACCCUCAUUCAUUUACUAUUAAAUAAUCUCCAGAUGAGUCUGAUGACCAAUCCACUUGAAUUGAAUGCUGAGCCCCGUGAAUGCUGAAGAUGAAAUUGCUUAUUAUUUAAUUUCCAUUUCCAUCCAACAUCCUUUCUUACGCAUUUAACCUUUAUUGAAUAUCCGUUCAAAAUUUAAAAUAAAAUCCCCAUCAACGACACAGAAGACAUCUCCUUUAAGUGUACGAAAAACAAAACGGAACGAAAACAUUAUAAAUUAUGUAUUAAUGUGCCCGUUAGGCCUACGGAGCUCUGCAAUCGGAGUCUCUGUGGGAUCUCCCCAAACAGUUUUUGGCCUUUUGCACUCGCUUCCCCUCGCAUUGUCAGCUGCCAAUUUUCAAUUGCCUCCAGGCGACAACCCCAAGUGGGGUUGGGGCUAGGCGUUGGCGUUGGCGUGGGUGGCAGGCAACAACGAUAACAAUCGUGGGAGGGAAACAACAAUGGGAAAAGCCUCUCUCAGGCAAACAUUCAUUUUCAUUUCAAUUUCACUCGGUUCUUGCUUUCAUUUUGGAUUUACAUUUGAUUUGACUGCGAUGCGUACGCCGUUGGUAUCGUUGUUUGCCUCCAUCUCGGGAGUCUGUACAUCCAGAGUCUGCAGAGUCCAAAGUCCUUGCCUUGGUUUUUGCAUCAACUGCCUCGACGUUUUUACGCUUCGAAAGACACUGGGAACGCACAAAUAUUUAUGUAAGCUGGAAGAGACAGGGCGAAUGGUACUAGGAAAUUCGACAGCCUAUUUACAAAUGAAUAGGUUAAUGUCAUUGGAGUGGAUGGGGGAUGUGAAUGGUAGGCAGAUUCUGCCAUGUUGUUUACGAGCCAAACUUUGGGGCAAAUUGACUUUAAACAUGUCAAUUUAAAUUUGGCCUCGACCCUUGGAUGCCAUUUCAUCCCCCAAAAUAAUCAUUCCUCUGUGUGUGUGUGUGUGUGUGUGUGUGUGUGUGGUCUGUGCGCCUCAUUAAGGCACUCCCCGAAAAAGUAGGCUAUAUAUUGUCGUUCAGUCAGAAAUAUUACCCAUACGCCGCAUUGCACGCAGCCAGUGAAGCAACAAAAUGACAAUUUCACAACAAAUUAAAUGCCCAGCCAGGCGAGCAGACAAACCAACAUUCAUAUACGUAUGCUUGGGGAAUACACACACACACACAGACACACACCACGGACAUUUCUUUGAAAUGGGAAUUGCAAGUAAAUGACCUUCAAACUCGAUAAGCGAGAAACAAAACAAGCGAAAGUGCUGAAAAUAUACAUAAUUUUCAGGACACCAGCAAGACAAAGACCCCACACAC